UGCGUGCAUUGCCGCGUGUCCUCCGCAGCGGCAUCAGCAUCGGCGGCGGCGGACGAGACGAGCUGAACUGAGCUGAGUCCGGCUGAGCUGCCACACUGGCCCGCUCGGCUUCUCUUUGGUUUUAGCACCACCUCACCCGCCCGCCCCAACAGCAGGAAAGCAGGGGAAGAGGAGCAAGAGGACCGACCGGCAGGUGCGCCCGCCCGCUUGCGAUGGCGAUAGCGUCGGCGCUGCGACACGACGACUCGGCGACGCUCGGCGCUGCUGCGUGAGGAUUUCAGGCCACGCAACGCCACUUCCGGUGCCCAGGGGGGGCGACCCGGCCCACGCCGUCGACGCCCGCCGACCGGGCUCCCCGUGCAGGUCGAGGGCGAAAAUGCGGCGCUGAGCAUGCUGGCGGUGCUGAUCGUUGCCAUGGCGACCACGGGCGGCGCCCGGGCCUGCGGCGCCCGGGACAACUGCUCGGCCGAUGGCGGCUCCAAAGAGUACUGCUACUCGGCCCGCAUCCGCAGCACCGUGCUGCAGGGUCUGCCCUUCGGCGGCGUGCCUACCGUGCUGGCGCUGGACUUCAUGUGCUUCCUGGUCUUGCUUUUCGUCUUUUCCAUCUUACGAAAGGUGGCGUGGGACUACGGACGCCUGGCGCUGGUCACCGAUGCCGACAGCGUGGCAUCGGCGGCGAUGCACUCGGAUACGCCCGACCGCUACGAACGCCUGACGUCGGUCUCCAGCUCUGUUGACCUGGAGCAGCGCGACAACGGCUUCUGCUCGUGGCUGACGGCCAUCUUCCGCAUCAAGGACGAGGAGAUCCGGGAGAAAUGCGGCGAGGACGCCGUGCACUACCUGUCCUUCCAGCGUCACAUCAUCGGCCUCCUGGUGGUGGUGGGCGUCCUGUCAGUCGGCAUCGUGCUGCCCGUCAACUUCUCGGGCGACCUGCUGGAAAACAACGCCUACAGCUUCGGCCGCACUACGAUAGCCAACCUAAAGUCCGGAACCAAUUUGUUGUGGCUGCACACCACGUUCGCCUUCAUGUACCUGUUGCUCACCGUCUACAGCAUGAGACGGCACACGUCCAAGAUGCACUACAAGGAGGAUGACCUGGUGAAACGCACCUUAUUCAUCAACGGCAUCUCCAAAUACGCCGAAGAGAGUCAGAUCAAACAACACUUUGAGCAGGCGUAUGAGAACUGCGCCGUUCUGGAGGCUCGGAUCUGCUACAACGUGGCCAGGCUGAUGUCUCUCAACGCCGAGAGGAAGAAGACAGAGCGCAGCAAAAAGUUCUUUACCGACCUGAUGGCCAAGGAGCACGUUCCCACCAUGAUCAACCCCAAACCUUGCGGACAUCUCUGCUGCUGCGCCAUCGCCGGCUGCGAAGAGGAGGAGGCAGUCAGUUUCUACACCAAGAGGGAGGCUAAACUGAAGGAGGAGUACCGCAAGGAGAAGGAAAAGGUCCACACCAAACCUCUGGGCAUGGCCUUCGUCACCUUCCAGAACGAGGCCACGACCGCCACAAUCCUGAAGGACUUCAACGCGUGUCAGGUUCAAGGUUGCCGAUGUCGCCAGGAGCCGCGAUCCUCGCAGUUCAGUGAAGCGCUUCACGUGCACAACUGGAACGUGUCGUACGCGCCUGACCCGCAAAACGUGCGCUGGGAGCACCUGUCGCUGGGCGGACUCUCCUGGUGGAUCCGCUGCCUGGUCAUCAAUUGCAUCCUGUUCCUGCUGCUCUUCUUCCUCACCACACCGGCCAUCAUCAUCUCCACCAUGGACAAGUUCAACGUCACCAAGCCAGUGGAGUACCUCAACAACCCCAUCGUGACGCAGUUCUUCCCCACACUCCUCCUGUGGGCCUUUUCUGCCCUGCUGCCAACCAUCGUCUACUACUCGGCAUUCUUUGAGGCGCACUGGACGAGGUCUGGAGAAAACAGGACAACGAUGCACAAGUGCUACACGUUCCUGAUCUUUAUGGUACUUCUGCUGCCCUCUCUCGGCCUUAGCAGCCUGGAUGUCUUCUUCCGCUGGCUCUUUGACAAAAAGUUCUUGGCCGACGGCACCGUCCGCUUUGAGUGCGUGUUCCUGCCCGACAACGGCGCUUUCUUCGUCAACUACGUGAUCGCGUCGGCCUUCAUCGGGAACGCCAUGGACCUGCUUCGUAUCCCGGGUCUCCUCAUGUAUAUGAUUCGGCUCUGCUUGGCGCCGUCCGCUGCGGACAGACGUAACGUCAAGAGGCAUCAAGCGUACGAGUUCCAGUUCGGGGCGGCGUACGCCUGGAUCAUGAACGUCUUCACCGUGGUCAUGGCCUACAGCAUCACCUGCCCCAUCAUCGUGCCCUUUGGUCUGAUGUACAUGCUGCUCAAGCACCUGGUGGACCGCUACAACAUGUACUACGCGUACCUGCCGUCCAAGCUGGACAAGAAAAUCCACUCUGGCGCCGUGACGCAGGUGGUGGCUGCGCCCAUCCUUUGCCUCUUCUGGCUGCUCUUCUUCUCAACCAUGCGGACAGGUUUCGAGACACCCACGUCGGUCUUCACGCUUGCGGUUCUGGUGGUGACCAUCGUGGUGUGCUUAUCGCACGUCUGCUUCGGGCACUUCAAGUACCUCAGCGCUCACAACUACAAGAUCGACACCAAGGACUCGGACGCCGAAGUGGUGGAGAACGGCCGUCCGGCCCGCAUUGCUGCUUCCCCGCCGUCCAAAUCGCAGCAGAUGUACAUCGCCCAGGUGCUCCAGGACCCCAACUCGGACGAGCCGGGCGGAGGGGGUGAGGAGGACCGGGCGUCGUCCCAAGACGACGACAUGCUCAACGGCGGCAACAACAUCAACGAGGCGGAUUUCCACUCGGGGGAGGACAGUCUGAUCGCAAACGAGGUCCGCCAGUAACUGGGGGUGGAGCUCCACGGAGGGGGCGGAGACAGUCCGCCGUCCUCGCCACCACGCGAUGCUAGCGAGCGAGCUAACCAGCUCGCUCUCUAGCUAGCCGGCUAGCGCCACUGCGCUGGCGAGGCUCCGCCCCUUCCCAGCUUGAAGACUUGACCCUGACCGUUGCGGUGGGCAUCAUCCAACUGGAAGUGCGUCCCCUCACCUGGCCGCUCUUAUCGCUCUCAUCUGUGGCUUUUUUUUCCCAAGCGGUUGUCACUCAGGAGUUCUCGGCACCUCCGCCGCUUGCGGCUCGUCUGGAACGAGUCGUGGGACCUCCCGACGUCGACCGCACCUUCAAAUGUCACGUGACCACACGGUGGUGUCGGCACGCGUCGCCCUUUGAUACGACGGGACUCCAAACAACCGCUCGUGACUCACCGACAUAACUCACGACUCGGCUGCGAUUGGAUAGGGUGAGCCGUUCAAAGGUAUCCGAGUCGCACGUCCCCGACAAAAACUCGUGGCAACUGGACCCUUCCGCUGACUUUGGAUUGAAUGGCGGUACCUCCCACUAGGCCCCGACGGCGACCGGACUGGGCGUGACUCUCAAUUUGUUGGUUUCGGGUCGUUGGCCUGAAAGGGGGGGGCUAAAGUGUUGACUCUCCAGGACGAGUCGUGACGCAAACGUGUGCGAGUUGCACAUGAAACCUCUGAGUAGUUUGAAUGCUUCACGACUGAACUCUUCCCAUGACUUGGUCCUUGUUGUUUUCACAUACGCUAGCGGGUGUUGUGAGCUAAUGCACGCGUGCUAAUGCCCUUAAGUGAAGAGGUUUUUGGGGGCUUCUUCGUCUGCCAGCUUCUGUGUUGAGUGCACGGGAGGCUUCACCUGUUAGCCUAGCUUAGCUCUGAGAAUAGGUUAGCACAUAGCACGCCCAGCGUCGUUUAGUUUCAUGCGCCAUACAUUGGAGUGACAGCAGUUGGUGGCGCGCUUUUACGUAUGAGACAAACGGGUUCAACAAAAUGUCUGGCUUGCGCGCACUAGCCUAAAGCUAGCAUGUCUAUAAAGCUUCUGGAGACAUUUUCAAUGCUAAGGUGGAAUACAAUUUAAAAUUGGUUGUUUUUAAUCCGACGUUCCGCGCUAUGCUAAGCUAGGCUAACUGCACUUUGACAGCUGUUCACUGGGGCUGAUAUUUAUGUAUUUUUUAAACUUAUUUAUGUUUGUCUUCCGUUUGGUGUGAACACUGAAUUUGAACAUAUUUUAUGAGCUAGCUUGCUAGCGCAUCGUCUUAUAUUUGCAAAACGAACAAAAACGUUUGACUCAAAAAGCCGCCGAGUCAUUUGACAACGAUUGACGUCUCAUUGGUGCCGCCCCCCCUAAAACAUAUUGUUUACAUUGCAUUUUUCGUUUUUGCGCGUGCGUGUGUGAGCGCGCGCACACACAGAGCUGAGCGAUGAAAGCUGUUGGAGCUCUGGUCUUUGUGGCUCCACGCUGGAGACUUUGACCUCUGCGUGCUGCGUCCAUUCGUUCACGUGGUCUCCUCUGAUUGACAUUCAAAGGCGCGUCCUCAUUGGACACUAGUCUCAGAUAGCGGCUGCUGUUUGCCGCUUGACAAGACCCUAAGCCUCGGACAAAAGAAGCCCCCACGGAAAGCCCCCAAUGCCCACUAUCUUGCGCAACCACGACCGCAUCCUCGUAUCGGGGCCGACGGCUAAUGUUAUUUGGGACGUGUGAACCGAAAGAGCAGGGGUGCAACGAUCUGUGGACGAACCAACAACUAAUUCAUGAUCAAAUGAAUGGCCAACUAUUUUGAUAAGCGAUGGCAAAGACAGUAAUAACCCCGCCACAGUUUGGCUUGAGCCGCAGGUGUUUCGACAUAUGUAGCUAGCGCUGGAGCAAAGUGCAGCUUUUCUGUGAAGCUCCUGCCGCUCGAGCCAAACUGUGGCCUGACGCCGGGUUUUGACUUCCUGGACCUGGAUUUGUCAUCGCUGAUCCCAUUGUUGAGUUUCGAACGAUCCAAGUCCUAGACAUUUCAGCCUCUCGUCAGUCAAUAUUGACUGAUCUCUGUUGUCAAAGCAGACUUGGUGUCUGAAUGGAAAGAAGACAACAAAGAACUCAAAGAAAUCUACAAUCAAUAUUUUGGCAGGUUGAAGAUAAUGGAGUAAACCACAAACAGAGUCAUCAUGGUCCGUUGAUGUUUGUGCACUUUUUUAUUUGAAAUCAUGGCCCUCGUUGGAAUAGAGGGAUGCGCGUUAAUAUCGUCUGACCGCCACGGAUGAAUCAUUCAUGAAAACUUUGUAGUGGCUGACUUGUUUUAGAGGGCUUCCCCCUUGUUCUUUGGGUGGUUCCAAGAAAAGAAAUGUGAAAAGAUAGGAUCGACACCCGCCAUCGUCACAACAGGAAAUGCAAAACGUUCAAGUGUGACGACUCGAGGCCAAAGCAUUAGGUUUGUUUUGAUUUGGAUUAGCUUUUGCUUCUCUGGCGGGGAUUUUGAGCAGGAAAGGGAAGGGCCGCCGGCCGCGAGUUGUGUCCAAUAAAGCCCGUCCAAACGUCGCCGCGAAUGUGCGCACAUAAGGAGUGUCCAAGUGCGCCGUUUGCCGACAAUGCGGCGCCAACAUCUUGAUUUGUGUUAUUGCUGUGCGUGAGCCUUUUUAUUUUCUCCCGUAUGCUACUUAUGUAUGUCAACUGGUCAAUAAAAUGUCUCAUCAAG